AUGAGAAAAUGUAUAUACAAUGCUGGCCUGAUUAAAUCUAUAGGCACAUUAAAUCUUCAAUUUACUACUGAACCGGAAGCUGCUGCAAUUCAUUGUAUAAAUACAUUAAAAGAUCUCAAAUUAGUAACAGGAGUAACAUACUUGGUUGUUGAUUGUGGUGGAGGAACUGUGGACUUAACAGUUAGAAAAUUAUUACCAAAUGAACAAAUAGCAGAAAUGACUGAACGUUCAGGAGAUUUUUGUGGAGGUACCUAUGUUGAUGAUGAGUUUUUAAAAUUUCUUGAAAGUAGAGUAGGUAAAUCUGCAAUGAACAUGUUAAAGGAGAAAUACUACGGUCAGGUUAAUUAUUUAAUACAUAAAUAUUUUUGUCCUGAUAUUAAAAUUCCAUUCACUGGUGAAAAAUCCCAAUUCAAAACCAUUGAAUUGGACAUUGAGAAAAAAUGUCCAGCACUUAAGCAAUAUGUCACUGGGUCAGAAAGAGAUCAAUUAUCAGAUGAGGAUGAAUGGGUCAUUGAUCUUGAUUUUGAUACUGUGAAAUCAUUUUUUGAUCCAGUAAUCAACAAAAUUUUGAAGUUGAUUGAGAAACAGUUAUCAAAAUGUUCAGACUGUUCAGUGAUGUUUUUGGUUGGAGGAUUUAGUGAAUCAAAAUAUCUUCAAUCUAGAAUUAAACAAAAAUUUGAAGAUAAAUUGAAAAUAGCAAUUCCACCCAAUCCAAUUACUGCAAUAGUAAAGGGUGCAUGUGAAUAUGGACUUGAUAGGAAGAUUGUAAGAACAAGAGUAUUAUUAUGGUCAUAUGGAAUUAAAAUUAGUGAUAAAUGGCAAACUGGUGAUCCACUAUCUCGUAAAACAAUAAAUGGCCGAAUCUACAAGUUUAGUUUGAUGGCCAGGAAAGGAACAGAGGUGAAUGUUAACAAAGAAUUUUCCAGUUAUUUGGGCCCUAUUAACCCCAAUCAAACCAGUGGAACACUUCACUUUUUUUAUACCACCAAAUAUGAUGCAACAUAUUGUGAUGAACCUGAGGUGAAAGAAUUGGGUAGUUUUGAUGUUGAUAUGCCUGACACUCAUUUGGGGCUCAAUCGUUCUGUACAAGUAACAUUACAUUUUGGAUCUAUGGAAAUUGUUGCAACAGCAAAGAAUAGAACUACUGAUUAUGACACAGCUUUCUGGCGUCAUAGAACAAGACGCCAAACUAUUCAUCAAUACUUUUCCAAAUCCACAGAUUUUGUAUCGCCAAAUGUUUGUAUGAUCAACGUUUUAACUCCUUAUGACUUGAUUCUUCAUCUAUACAGUGGACCUAGAACCCUCAUUAUUUUAUUGAUCUUUUUAUCAACAGCCUCGCUGUUUGAAACUGCGUCUAGAGUUGUUAAGCAACCAUCACGUUUAAUGACUGCUCUUUCAAAAGAAUGUAAAAUGCAAGAUCGCUUAGAGGAAUCAGUUAGAACAAAGAAAUCACCGUCAAGCUACAAUUAUGAUGUAAUGAAGGCCUCAAAAUUAACAGCUUCUUCGAAAUUAUUGAAUCAACAACAUCAACAAUUCCUAUUUUAUCAUCGUUCUCCUAUUUCUCGUCACCAACAUUAUUAUUAUAAUAAAUCAGCAAAAAAAAUUAUUAACAACAAUCUUGUUGCAAUUAACAAUAAUCUUAACAAUGCCAAUACUAACAAUAUAUCAAGAUCUUUAUAUGUUUAA